CUCCGGCGCAGCAAGAUGACCUUCCUCCAGUGUGAUGACGACUGCUACUCCCCCUGCAGCUACGGGGGCCUCUACGGCUACCGGGGCUACGACGGUGGCAGCUCCUGUGGCUACCGGGGCUACUACGGGGGCCUCUACGGCUACCGCGGCCUCUACGGCUUCGGCGACCGCUACGGCUGCGGGAACCUCUACGGUUACCGGGGUAUUUACGGCUCCGGGGACUGCUACGGCUCUGGGGGUCUCUACGGUGGCUAUAGGGGCUUCUACGGCUCCGGGGACUGCUGUGGAUACCCAGGUUUUUACUCGGGCCGCUACGGUUACCCCUACGGCUCCCGCUACGGCCAAAGGUUCGGCUACGGGGGCUGCUACAGCUGCUAA